AUGCAGCAGUGUCGACAGGAUGACCGCAUUUUACAUUUCAAAUUUGGUGCUGAGGUGGGGUCUGUUACGAUUCCAGACAGCGUUCUGCAGGCGAUCGAAGGCAGAGCUAACUUUGGAGAUCCGGCGGACUACAUCAUCGUCGGUUUUGGUGCUGCGAGAAAGGCUGCUGCCCAGGUAAAUAAAUAUGUCCACGGCUUGCAUUUGGGCGCCGUUCACGUUGACGUGGGGUGCAUUGUAGGCAGCGAUGGGUCGCGGCUUGUGCUUAACCGCCGUUUCCCCGUGUCCAUUAGUCGGUCGAAGUUGUCGCUGACGGCGGCGAAAAGGCCCAUGCUCCUUUGCACGUCCCCUUCUGUGAUUGUAUCGAGAACGCAGUUGUCGGCGAAGAGAAGCUCAUGAACGGCAGUUGCGGAUAUACUCGACUGGAAGUCCAUCUGACGGUGAUUGAGGAGUUGGCCGCCCGUCCUAUAUGUAAAGCGCAUCUCGGGGUGUUCUUCAACGUAAGCGUCCAUUACCAUGGCAGAAAACGUGAUACUGGAGGGGGUGGACGUCAGGAAGUAGUCCUGCUUCACUCCGUCGGUCACUACGAAUGCCUCUGAGACGGUUCUAUUGUCAAUGACGCGCGCCAUCAUGCGAUCGUGGAGCUGACGUACUGUGGUGGCCUUUUGUCCUAUUUUCGUUUAUGCACUGCCUUUCAUAGUUAUUUUAACUUUCUAAGCAUUUCCUAGACUGGCGUUUAUCCACUUUUGUUUAAGUCGGUGUUUAUGCGACGGUUAGGCGCACACUCCAACUAGGGUUAGUUUUGGCCCGACAAAUUGACUUUUAACCCACUGCUUUUGUUCUUCUCUGGGCGGCGUUGACAGUAAAGUCUGUUUUGGCGCGGCCGUUUUGCUUGGCUUUCCUCAAAGUAAUCUUAGCGUGGGAUCGAAUUAUCGAUUAUCCUUCCCGCUAGAGUGGUGAGCCUGACCAAAGUACAAUCUGGGUGAAGCCCUCGGGACAGCCGAAUCUCUGCAUGAUUUUACACAGUCUCCUGAUUCACCCUGUCGAAGGCCUUCGCCAAAUCCACGAAGGUAAAGUAGAGGUGGAUCAACGUUUCCUGGCAUCUCUCCUGCAGUUGGCGGGCGGGAUUGAGGCGAUUGAGGAGAACGUGAGUAAAGAUCUUGCCGGCCACGCUGAGCAGUGAGAUUCCCCUGUGGUUUUCGCAGAGUUGGCGUUCCCUCUCCGCCUGCAGAGAUGGCCGAUUCCAGCGUCCUUGAUGUCCCAGGGGACUUGUCCCUAGCGUUACAUCUCCCGAAAGAGCGCUGUGAGGUGAUUUAUAAGUAGGGGGUCGCCGUGCUUGUAAAUCUAAGCAAGAAUCACAUUUGAUCCGGGCGCCUUCCCACUGGAGUGUUGCGGCACGGUCCUGGUGGAUUCGUAGAGAGAGGGCGGAAGGUCGAGGUUGGCGUUGGUCCGCAACUGAGGCGGACGGACAAUGGCGGAGUCGGAGAUGGAGGAGGGGUGGUUGGGGACGCCUCUGAAGUGUUCGGCUCAUCCCUUCAGGACUUACGUCUUCUAAGUGAGUAGGGUGAUCAUUUCGGCCCUGAAAAGAGGAACGGUUCCUUCGGCUGCGGGACCGUAGACAGCCUUGAUGGCAGCGAAGAAGUUCCUCCAUUCAUUGCAGUCGGCAUAUCCCUGCAUUUCCUCGACCUUACAAGCCAUCCCAACGUCCUUCAUUUUUCGUAGUCGUUGACGUGCUAGGCGGCGGCAUUAAUAGGAGACCGCUUCGUUUGUAUCGGCCGGACGGUCGAGGUAGGCUCUGUGCGGCCUGACGUUUUCGGCGAACAGGUUGCCGAUGGCGGCGUCGUUGUCGUCGAAUCAGUCCGGAUGUCUGCAACGUGCGCGGCCGAGGACUACCAGAGCAGUUAACUGAAUUGUGUCUUUCUGUUGGCCCCAUCAGUUCUCCAGAAAAGCGUCGUCGCCGCCGCCGGCUGCAAGGUUGGCUAGCCGCUGGACCAGCUCUUUGUUUGAGGUCUCUACCACCACCACCACCACCACCACCACCACCACCACCACCACCAGUGAGGACACUCCCAACGCCCUGUCAACCGCUACUCUCACAAUCACCGUCUCACCUCCAUCGAUGUGGACUCCAUCCAUAUCUGUCCUCAUUGCGAUUGCAACUUUACCCCACCUCAUCUUUCUGCUCGGUAACUUGUGA